UCACAUUUAAACAUACUUAAAUCUUAAAAUUUAUUUUGUAUAAUGUGUGACAAAGGUUUUUCGAAUACUGAUUCCGCUAUACAGCGUCUAAAAGAGCACGCCAUGGAAAAACCGUAUGUUUGUGAAAAGACUGAAAAUAAAUAUUCAAAUUUUAGUGGUUUAAAAUCCAGAGUGAAGCGUCACGUCUGUGAAGUCUGUAGCAAGAGAUUUAAUAACUCGAGUCAAUUGAAAAUACAUUUAAAUGUGCAUACUACCACAGAAAGACAUCACAGUUGUGAAAUAUGCGAUAAAAGAUUUUCGAAUCAUCGGUAUUUAAAAACGCAUUUAAUAACGCAUAGAGAUAAAAAACCUCAUGUUUGUAAAAUUUGUGAUAAAGGGUUUUCUCAGAUCGGUACUUUAAACUCGCACCUGAAGUUACAUGCCGGGGAAAGGCCUCAUGUUUGUAAAGUUUGCGAUAAAUCUUUCGCUCAACUAUGCAAUUUAAAAUUACAUUUGAGAAUACACAGCCGCGAGAAACCAUAUAAUUGCGAUUUGUGUGCUAAAAGCUUUGUACACGCUAGUGCUUUAAAACGACAUGUAUCGACGCAUAUACCACAGCAUACCAGACAAAAGCCUUAUGUUUGUAAAGUGUGCCACAAGAAGUUUUUAGAAGAAAGAUAUUUAAAAACACAUUCUAGAAUACAUACCGGUAAAAAACCAUAUGCUUGCGAAAUUUGUGAUGCUAGAUUUUUAUAUGUCGAUUCUAUGAAAGUACAUUUAAGAACCCAUACUAAGGAAAAACCUUAUAUUUGUGAAGUUUGUGAUAAGAGAUACACCAGCAAAAGUAUCCUAAGUAGACAUUUAAGAACACACGCCGAAAGAAAGCCUUAUGUUUGUGAUGUGUGCAGUAAAGGUUUUGUAAUAAAAAGUGUUUUAGAAGAGCAUCUAAGAAUACAUUCCGGUGAAAAACCUUACAUAUGUCAAGUGUGCGACAAGUCUUUUAGGUUCAUUAACAAUUUUAAAUGUCACCAGAGGAAGAGAGCUGAAUGUGGUAUUUCUUUUAUUUGUGCGAUAUGUGAUAAAAGUUUUCCACAAAAAACAUGUCUAGAAGUACAUAUCAAAACACAUACUGAAAAAAAUAUUUAAGAUUGUAAAGUAUGGAUUAGAAGUUAAAACAAAAUUGGUCACUUGAUACAUGAAAAACAUAUGAGAUAAAAUUUGACAUUUACGAAAUGCAUUGUAGAAAUUUUGCAAUGAUGCAUAUGACUCGAUUAAUAUAACAAUAUUUGAAAAAAACCUCACAUUCAAUAAGUGUUUGUCUACGCUAAUUCCUAUUAAGCGCACACACUAUAGAAAUAUGCAUGUAUUAAGACAAUUUGGAAGAGCAUUUUAUAAAAAUUUAACAGCAGAUAAAUAAAUGAAUAUAUAAAGUCGUAUAUAUAUUAUUGUAUAAUAUAAGCCAGAUCAGGGCCAGAGUAGUACUGGCUAUCUUGAUAAAAUUUAAAUGGGUCAACUUGAGAAGCAUCAGCUUUAAAAAAAUUAAAAUCGGUUCACCUAGAAAGAAGUUGUGGGUAUAGGCAAAAAAGAAUCGAGAUUUUCCUCAUUUUUUAAGUAGAUUAAAACAAAAGAACCAUCACAAACUAAUAUCAAUAUUAAAUCGUAGAUAAAUACUUAAGAUGAGUCGUCUAUUAUCAAAGCCGGCAAUGUGACUUUCGGACAAUUAUUGGUAAAUCAGAAAAACGAAUUAUUGACUUUGUAUUCCAUUGGCAGUCACAA